UUGGUUGCUGUAUCCUCCUCCGUGGCAGCAGUCAUCUCUGUGUCUUGUUGCUCUGUGUUGCCCUCUUCCUCUUGGACUGCUGCGGGUUUUUCUGUGUCCUUCACACCCAGAGCCUCUAUGCCCUCGCUCAGUGACGAGUUUGCGGCCUCAGCCUGCAUCCUUCCAACUGCUGCUGGUCAACUUUAUAGCCACGGAAAUGCUGAACAGAAGCAUUGUGGGAAAAGACAUUACAGUACGACUGGAAGUAACCAGAAAUGUCCGUUUUUUAAAAAGGUCAAACAUGGCUCAGCGUGUGGCGUUGUCAGAUGGCGGAAACAAGAAGACGACCAGGGUUCGGGUCGCGGUUCGUCUGCGACCAUGUAUGGGCGUUCAAGAUGAUAAAGAUGAGGGACCGUGUGUAAGAGGCCUGGACUCUCAAAACCUGGAAAUAGUGAACUGGAGGAACGCCACAGAGACAGUCAAAUACCACUUUGAUGCUUUUCAUGGUGAGCAAACGACUCAGCAAGAGGUUUUCCUCUCGUCAGUGAAGCCCAUUCUCCCACAUGUACUGAAUGGACAGAAUGCCAGUGUCUUUGCCUAUGGACCAACAGGAGCUGGCAAAACCCACACCAUGUUGGGCAGCUCAGAUCAGCCAGGUGUGAUUCCCCGAGCUGUUCGCGAGGUCUUCAAUCUGGUCAAAGCUAAGGAUGAGAAUGAGGGAUGGGACUACAGCACUGGCAUGUCUUAUUUAGAAAUUUACAAUGAGAAGGUACUCGAUCUUCUAUCGCCAAACUCCCAGGAUUUGCCAAUCAGAGAGGACAAGGACAAGAACAUCCUCAUCCCUGGCCUCACUCACACAACCAUCUCAUCCUUCUCAGAUUUUGACAAACAUUUUGUCCCCGCCAGCCUCAAUCGUACUACAGCUUCUACCAAACUAAACCAGCGCUCCAGCCGCAGUCACGCUGUCCUCCUCAUCAAGGUUGUGCGGACUCAGCGCUCCCUGCCCCACAGACAACAGACAGGCAAGUUGUACUUGGUAGACCUGGCUGGAUCUGAGGACAACCGCCGCACUGGCAACCAGGGCAUCCGUCUGAAAGAGAGUGGUGCCAUCAACCUGUCUCUCUUCACACUCAGUAAAGUGGUGGACUCUCUUAACUCCGGCACAACUGGCCGCGUGCCAUACAGAGACAGUAAACUCACACGGCUGCUACAGGACUCUCUAGGCGGCUCGGCACACUCCGUCAUGAUCACCAAUAUUGCGCCCGAAUACAAAUACUAUUUUGAUACCUUUAGUGCACUCAACUUUGCUGCCAAAUCCAAGCUCAUUGUGAACAAGCCCUUUACCCGUGAAACUAUGGCUGUACCUGUGCUGCCAGUGAAGCGGCCCAGAGAAGACCACGAGGCGCGGGGGUCUGGCACCGAGCCACAGAAGAAGAGGCAGAAAGAUGAGAAGAAAACCGAACAAGACGGCUCCUCACCCUCCACACAUUUUCACAGUGUGUCAGAACCAUCAGUGAUGGACAGAUUAAUAGCCCUGGAGAAGCUAAUGUUGAGCUGCCAGGACAAAGAUAGACUUAGCAUGCUGAAAUAUGUGGCUCAGUCUCGCAAGGAGAUCCAGGAGCUCAAAGAGAAGCAAAAGGAGUUCGAGAACAAGGCCAUGCUAUUGGCUGGAGAAAAGUCCAGUGCCAAACAGGAGCCUGACUUCAAGAAUAACACAGCACCUCUGCUCAAAAAACAGUCAGCUGCCACAAAACCCAAUAAGCAGCAGGCUGUGGUCCAACCCCUUCAAGUGUCGCAGCUCCAGCCUCUUCAGCAGCUUGCAGUGGUCAAGAAACAGUCUGUCUGCGUCAAGAAGAAAGAGAAGAAGCUUUCAGACCAGGUUGAGCCUCCAGAUGGUAAAGAGAACCUAAUGGAAAAUGGUUGGGAGUCCCAACUGGACACAUCAGUGCUACAGCUGUCCAGACAGAAAAUCCUACAGGUUCUCAAUUCGGGCUCCCUCAAAGAGCUGAAGGGUCUGCAGCAGAUUGGCGACAAGAAGGCAAAGCUCAUCCUUGGCUGGAGGGAAAUCAAUGGUCACUUCACAAAGUUGGAUGAUCUAAAAAAAGUUGAGGGUAUGACAGAAAAGAGAUUUUCCUCCUUUAUGACGGCAAACAUCUUGAGUGCCAUGGGGAAAUGAUUUUUUUUUGUUGAAUCCCAUGUGUAAUAUUCACUCAGAAGCUUUUUGUCAUUUUUGCUUUGUUUUAUGAUAUUUUUGUAAUUACCUCUCUGUUCCAGCUGAUGGCGCACUAUUGCUUUUUUUUAAAUAAACGUCUCAGAUGUCA